CGUGGUCGGUUAUAGCGCCUGAGACACGUCUUCAGGGCAAGAACUUGGUUGACUUUUCGUCGAUCACGCGUGCGCUUGCCCGAUCGGCUUUCACGAUCAGCGAUCUUGCACGCACGCGCGUGCGAUCGACGUUCGCGAUCUGAGAGUUAUCUGCGCCGAGUUCAAGAGCAGACAUGGCUAUUACGGUCACCUUGUUCAUCUCCCUCGCGAUUGCUCUGAUCGACGCGGCUUCGAUUCGACAUGCCACCCGUAGCACAUCUUCAGGACCGGAAGAUCUUUGUCACAGCAAAGUUUAUUGUGAAGGACCAUUACUGAAAACGGUGCAACUCUCUGGGAUUUUCAACGAUAGCAAAACCUUCGUGGACCUUUACCAGCUUCAUGAUCCGGACGUAACUAUUGACAACUUCAACGCUUUGAUGAACGCUACCAACAACGCACCUAAUCGUGAUCAGGUGGCCGCGUUCGUCGCGCAGAACUUUGCCGAGCAGGAUGAGCUGGAAAAUGCAACCUUACCGGAUUGGACGGAAAACCCGAAAAUCUUAAAGUCCAUCGGGGAUCCUACGUACAGGGAGUGGGCGAAAAAUUUGAAUCUUAUUUGGAAAGAACUGGCGAGGAGACUAAAUCACGACGUGGUGGUUGAUAUACAGCGGCACAGCUUGAUCUACGUGAAUAACACCUUCAUCAUUCCCGGUGGACGAUUUAGAGAGUUUUACUAUUGGGACAGUUAUUGGAUAAUCGAGGGACUGUUGUUAUGCGACAUGCACGAUACUGUUAAGGGAAUGAUCGAGAACUUCCUCUCUAUGGUAGACAGAUUUGGCUUCGUCCCAAACGGCGGCAGAAUUUACUAUCUGUCGCGAAGCCAACCACCUUUGUUAAUACCAAUGGUUGCGAAGUAUUACGAGUUCACGGGAGAUCGCAAAUUUCUGAGGGAAAACAUAGCGCUUCUCGAGGCGGAGUUUGAAUAUUGGCAAAACGAGAUGACGGUAAAUGUAAUAAAGAACGAUAAAACUUAUAAGCUGGCGCAUUAUGUAGUAAACAGCCCCAAUCCACGACCAGAGAGUUACAAAGAGGAUUAUCGGUUGGCGCAGCAACUGCCAGAGGAGAAGCGUGGGGCGGUUUACGACGACCUAAAAGCUGCGGCGGAGAGCGGCUGGGACUUCUCGUACAGAUGGUGCAUACGAUCCAACGAGACUGCCCAGCUCAGCCUUCUCAACGUCUCCACAAGCGACAUUAUACCUGUCGAUCUGAACGCGAUAUUACAACGCAACGCCAAGCUGCUGGCUUACUUCCAUAGUAUCCUGUACAACCCAUUAAAAGUCCUGCGCUAUACCAGGAUCGCCCAGAACUAUCAAGCUGCCAUCAACGAUGUUCUGUGGAAUGAGAACGAGGGAGUCUGGCUUGAUUACGACACAAGAAACAAACGACACCGCGAUACAUUUUACGUAUCGAACCUGACGCCUCUGUACACAAUGAGCUACAAUCGAUCCAGAAGAGAAACCUAUGCACAGAAGGCUAUUUCCUAUCUCAAGAAAAACAAGAUUGAUGCAUUCUACGGUGGCACUCCGACCUCCAUGAACUACACCGGUGAGCAGUGGGACUUUCCUAACGCGUGGCCUCCAUUGCAGUCCUUCUUGAUUCAGGGUCUGUAUCAAACGCAAGUAAAAAAAGCGAUGGACCUCGCCGAAGACUUCGCCAUUAGAUGGCUUAGAUCCAAUUACUUGGGGUACAAGGAGAGUGGAAACAUGUUUGAGAAGUACAACGCGAUAAUCCCCGGUGACGGUGGCGGCGGCGGCGAGUAUCUUGUCCAGACGGGCUUCGGAUGGACGAAUGGCGUCGUUUUCGAGUUUCUCUCCACCUUCCCAGAUGCAAAGUUCUCGGACAGUGGCAACAGCAGCGACACUGAUAGAUAAUGCACGUGAACGGGUAAUUAACUAAUUGAGUGUAGGGAGUGUAUGAGUAGGUAGCUCAAGAGAAACUGAUACACGGAUAAUUGGCUCGAGUUGGUUUCUUGUCGAAACCGUUAUUUUUAUCAUUGUUACAAAAGAGGCGAUUAUAUAUAAGAUAUUAUUAUAUUAUUGUUAUUAAUAAAUAACAAAUAAUAAAUAUAAAUGCUAUUAUAUUAAUUAUAUAUAAAAUAUAUUUAUAAAAAAUGUAAAAACACAUGAGAAUGUACGCGCGGGGGAACGUCGAGGAGGUGUCGCGAACGCUUAAAUGGAUACUUAAGUAUUUAUAGCAUAGGAAAUAGAAAUUAAAAAUAUUUAACACUACA